AUGAACGGUACUCCGAAGCACGAACACCGAAGGUCCCUCGACACCGUUCUAGAGAAGAUAAUUGCCGGUACCGGUACAUUGCCGGAAACUGAGUCCAAUUCUGUUGCUAACAGAAAUGUCGAGGUCAGUCUUAAUCUUCAAGACAAUCACGCUGCCGUUCUUCACGACGUCGAGCCAGUAUAUGCCAUUAACAUCGACGAUGAUGUUAAAACUAGCGGGAACGAAAACUCAGCGCCGGAUACGAAGCUGCCGUCGACCAGGAGAAGCACUUCCAAGAUGUUGCGGCAGUUCUCACAUAGGAUCAAAACCGAGGCGGUUGCAAAGGUAAAGCAGUUUUCGCACGAGUUUAAUCGGUUAACAUUCAAUCCCGGCGGAUCUGAAGAGGCGUUGCUGGCUAGAGAUCUUAGGAAACAACGCGCGCAGCUUGAUCGUAAUCGCUCCGGUGCUAAGAAAGCGCUACGUGGAUUGAAAUUUAUUAGCAGUAAAUCCAACGACGGUGAUGCCUGGAACGAUGUGCAGAGCAAUUUUGAUAGAUUUGCCAAUAACGGUUUUCUCCAUCGCACUGAUUUUGCCCAAUGCAUAGGCAUGGGAGAUUCUAAGGAGUUUGGUUUGGAAAUAUUUGAUGCUUUGAAUCGUAAACGAAGAAUGAAGGUUGACAAGAUCAAUAAAGAUGAACUUCGUCAAUUUUGGUUGCAAAUUACCGAUCAGAGUUUUGAUUCGCGGCUUCUUAUUUUCUUUAACAUGGUGGACAAAAAUGAAGACGGUAUACUCAACAAAGAAGAAGUGAAAGAGAUCAUUGCACUAAGUGCUUCAGCAAAUAAGUUGUCCAGAUUAAAGGAGCAGGCUCAAGAAUAUGCAGAUUUAAUCAUGGAAGAGUUAGACCCUGAAAGACUUGGUUACAUUGAGCUAUGGCAAUUGGAGACACUUUUGUUACAAAAGGAUGCAUACAUAGGCUACAGCCGGGCUCCAAGCUACCCAAGUCAAGCUCUGAACAAGAACCCACAAGGACUAUGGAGGAUAACUCUAAUUGGUAGGAUGAGUCACAGGUUGCUAUACUACUUAGAAGAAAAUUGGAAGAGACUUUGGGUUUUAACACUGUGGAUUUCCAUAAUGAUUGGACUGUUUAUGUGGAAGUUCAUCCAAUACAAGCAAAAAGAUGCUUAUAAUAUCAUGGGUUACUGUCUACUCACGGCGAAAGGCGCGGCUGAGACCCUGAAGUUCAAUAUGGCUCUUAUACUCUUGCCUGUAUGCAGAAACACCAUAACAUGGCUCAGGUCUACUAAACUGGCUUACAUUGUACCUUUUGAUGAUAACAUCAACUUUCACAAGACAAUUGCGGCGGCCAUAGUCAUUGGAGUUACGCUUCAUGUCGGAAAUCACCUAACAUGUGAUUUUCCAAGACUUGUAAAUUCCUCCGAAGAUGAGUAUAAGAAGUAUUUAAAUGAUGCAUUUGGCGAUCAUAAACCCAGUUAUGGAGAUCUUGUUAUAGGGAUUGAGGGUGUGACUGGAAUUUUGAUGGUGAUUUUCAUGGCCAUAGCAUUUUUACUUGCAACAACAAGGUUCAGGAGAAAUCUCAUUAAGCUUCCCAAACCACUUAAUAGGCUGACAGGUUUCAAUGCCUUUUGGUAUUCACACCAUCUAUUUGUCAUUGUCUAUGUGCUGCUCAUCAUUCACGGAAUAAAUCUUUUCCUCGUGCGCGAACGGAUCUAUCAAACGACAUGGAUGUAUCUUGUAGUUCCAAUCUUACUUUAUGCAGGAGAAAGAAUACUCAGAUUCUUCCGUUCUGAUUUUUACACAGUCAGUCUUAUAAAGGUUGCAAUCUAUCCUGGAAAUGUUCUCACGUUGCAAAUGUCAAAGCCGCCUCGAUUUCGUUACAAGAGCGGACAAUAUAUGUUUGUCCAAUGUCCCACCAUUUCUCUAUUUGAGUGGCAUCCGUUUUCUAUUACCUCAGCACCGGGCGAUGACUACCUGAGUGUUCACAUCCGGACACUGGGUGAUUGGACACAGGAGCUUAAGAGAGUAUUCUCUGAGGCAUGUGAGCCUCCCUUAGCUGGGAAGAGUGGUCUUCUCAGGGCAGAUGAAACCACCAAGAAAAGUUUACCUAAGCUAAGAAUUGAUGGACCUUACGGUGCACCAGCACAGGACUAUGCAAAAUAUGAUGUCUUGUUACUUGUUGGUCUUGGAAUAGGAGCAACACCUUUUAUCAGCAUUCUAAAAGAUCUUCUUAACAAGCAGAAGAAAACAGUGGCGACUACCAGCACUUAUUUCUACUGGGUAACAAGAGAACAAAGUUCUUUUGAUUGGUUUAAAGGGGUUAUGAACCAAGUUAAUGAAAUAGAUCAGAAGGGUGUUAUUGAGAUGCACAACUACUUGACUAGUGUAUACGAGGAAGGUGAUGCAAGAUCCACCCUCAUCACCAUGGUGCAAGCCCUCAACCAUGCGAAAAAGGGAGUUGAUAUUGUUUCUGGGACUCGGGUGCGAACUCAUUUUGCAAGGCCUAAUUGGAAAAAGGUUUUCUCUGAAAUAUGUUCUAAGCAUUGUAGUAAGCGAAUAGGAGUAUUUUAUUGUGGAGCACCAAUUUUGGCCAAAGAAUUGAGCAAGCUCUGCUCCGAGUUCAACAAAAAAGGUGCAUCAAAAUCAAAAUUUGAGUUCCACAAAGAGCAUUUCUAA